ACACGUCUAUCUAUCCGUUGUUGAUCGAUGGUGGCGCAGAGCAAGCUCGCGGGCGGCGUGGCGCUGUCUGUGAUCGCUCUGGCCCUCGCGAUCCGCGAGAAAGGACAGAAGGAUGCUGAAAGUGCAUGCAGCUUGAACUCCCAGUACACCCCCGAGAAGAAGAAAGGCCAGGACAAGAAAGUCGCCAUCAACAACGACUUUCUCGGACGCUUCAUGCGACUCUUUCGCAUCAUCGUGCCGGGAUUGUGGACUCCUGAAGUCGCGUACGCGCUUCUCGUGGCGGGGCUGCUCACCGCGCGGACGACAUUUGACAUUACGAUCUUGCACAUGAUGACCUCUAUCGAGCGCGCCAUUAUCAGCGGCUCGCGCAAGGACUUUGUCCAUCACCUAUCUCGCUUCCUUCUCGUGAUGCUUCCAGUGUCGGUGGUCAACUGCCUGCUCAAGUACGGUCAAACGGAGCUCAGUCUGCGCUUCCGCACGCGGCUGUCGACGUACUUGUACACGAAAUACCUGCACGAGUACACGUACUAUAAAGUGUCGAACCUGGACACCCGCAUCACCAACCCCGACCAACUCCUCACGGUGGACGUGGAGCGCUUCGCCACGUCCGUCGCCGACUUGUACUCGAACGUGACCAAGCCGCUCCUGGACAUCUCCAUUUACGCGUACAAGCUGGCGGGCACGAUCGGGUUGAGCGGGCCGACCACCAUGCUCAGCUACUUGGUCGGGUCGGGGGUGUUCCUGACGUGGUUGCGCCAACCCACCGGCCGAUUCACCAUCGCCGAGCAACGAUUAGAGGGAAAUUAUCGCUUUGUGAACGCCAGACUUAUCACCCACAGCGAAGAAAUUGCAUUUUACCACGGCAACAAGCGGGAACAUGCGAUUUUGCAGUCGUCGUACGACGCGCUCGUCCAUCUCAUUCGGCAGGCGCAGCAGUUCCGCUUCUCCAUCAGUGUCGUGGACAACAUCAUUGCCAAAUACUUUGCCACGGUGGUGGGGUUUUGGCUUGUGUCGCGGCCGUUUCUAAACCCGGCCGACACACGCCACGCCACGUCAUCCCAUGCCGAACGCAUGGAAGAUUACUUUCGGUCGGGCAAAAUGUUGAUGAAAUUGGCCGAAGCCAUGGGGCGUCUGGUGCUAUCCGGUCGAGAACUGACCCGCCUUGCUGGGUUUACUUUACGGGUCACGGAUAUGAUCCAAGUGCUCAACGACCUCCACGCUGGCAAGUACACCCGUACCAUGAUUCAGUCGGAUUCUCCAACCACCAACCACACCGGCACCAUCGAAUACAAGGACCACGUGAUCGAGUUUCAAAAUGUGCCACUCAUGACCCCCAACGGCGACGUGUUGGUGCCGUCUCUGUCGUUCAAGGUCGAGUCUGGCAUGAACGUGGUCGUGUGCGGACCCAACGGGUGCGGCAAAAGCUCGCUGUUUCGGCUCCUGGGCGAACUCUGGCCUCUCUUUGGCGGCAAACUCGUGAAACCCGCGCGAAGCAAACUGUUUUACAUUCCCCAACGCCCGUACUUGACCCUCGGCUCGUUACGCGAUCAAAUUUUGUACCCCAACACGGCGGAUGACUCGACGGACGAUGCGGAUUUGUUGGAGUUGCUGCAACUGGUGCAACUCGAGUACUUGGCCGAUGGUACGAGUGAGAUAUUAUUGUUCUAUGAUAUUGCUACAUACGGCAUAUAUAUAUAUAUAUAUAUAUAUAUAUAUAUAUUUCUAGAUGGAUGGGAUGCAGUCAAAGACUGGGCAGACGUAUUGAGCGGCGGUGAAAAGCAGCGUCUGGCCAUGGCUCGUCUGUUUUACCAUGCGCCGCAGUUUGCCAUCUUGGACGAAUGCACGUCGGCGGUGAGUGUGGACGUGGAAGGACUCAUGUAUUCGUACUGCAAGAAGCAAAAUAUCACGCUCUUCACCGUAUCCCACCGCCAGUCGCUGUGGAAAUACCACGACUAUGUGCUUCAAUUUGAUGGACGUGGGGCGUACAGUUUUCGUGAAAUCCAGCAAUCCGACAUGGCGUUGGGGUCGUAACUUUUGCUCCACCUUCGACCUGGAAUACAAGAUGCCAUAUAUUCUCCAACCUAGUAGAAUACAUCUCAAUAUAAUACACCUACGUGG